AUGCCGUACACAAAUUACAGCUACUUCCAGCUGGCCGACUCUUACAUCUGCUACAGUGAGGGUGAGCUAGAUUACGCCGUACUUGNACGUAACAGUAAGACUUCACAAAUCACUAAGUGCACACAAAAGGUUGACAACCUAGAUGGAAAAGAAUUCAAGUUGUGUCUUCCACGGCAAAAUAAAGCAAAUAAAAAACAGCUAGAAAACUCUGGUGCAUCAAAUAAUUCACCACAGAAGUGUGACACAAAGAGAGUCAGAGGUCUAGUACAUCAGAGAGGAAUCAGUGUCAAAACAGCAGUGGCAAAGGCAGACAGCAACAACACUGCAGAGAUUUACGAAAAGCUGCGUCAGCAGUUUCCAGCUCUGAAAGAAUGGAUGGAGAAAAGAUUCCCUGAAAAGUCUUAUCAGACAGCACUGAACUUAAAGAAGGAAAACUUUGGAAAGAUCCAACAUUCAUUCAGUGAAGUUCACAGAGUCAGGAAGCUGCUAAAACUGGGCGACUCAGUCUGCAAAGUGGUUGUUGAAGAUGUUAGUGAGGGAACAGGCUUUGUGUUGUUUGACAACUUCAUCUUGACAAACGCUCACCUGUUCAAAGGCUGUGUUGAAGGACAAAAGCUGAUGGAGGGUACAGAAGUGUCUGUUUUCUUUAACUAUGAAGAUCCUAUGCCGUACACAAAUUACAGCUACUUCCAGCUGGCCGACUCUUACAUCUGCUACAGUGAGGGUGAGCUAGAUUACGCCGUACUUGAGCUCAAGCCUGAGGGACAGAAGUUCAACCAACCAGCACAAACAAAGCAAAUAAAGGUGCCCCCAGGGCUCCUGAAGAUAUUUGGUCCGAUGCCUCCGAAUGGUGAAGCCUGUCUGAUUGGUCACCCAGCAGGAGGACUGAAAAAAAUGGAUCCAACCUGUAUCAUUGAGAAAGAGAAGAGGGAGCAGGCUGUCAGUGAUCACUUACAUCCACACAAAGACAGUCUCUUCAUUGUCCACUCAAUCAGUCACCUUCUCAAAAAGCAAGGCAUUGAAAACAUAAUGAUGGGUGGAAUUCGAGCUGAAAAUGUAGCAACCUACAACACUUUCAUGUAUCACGGCUCUUCUGGCUCCCCAGUGUUUGAUGCUCACGGCCGAGUGUUUGGUUUGCACACCGCAGGAUACACAUAUGGGUUUCCAAACCAUGAAGAGAGUGUGAUAGAGUUCGCCCAACCUCUGCUCACUAUAUUUGAACACUUUGUGAGUAAGCUGAAGGAAACUGGAGAUGAGAAGCUGUUGAAGAGAGUUGAGGAAGAAACAAAGGGAAACCCACACCUGAGUUCCAUGGACACUUGCACCGAUGUCCCAGCAGACAGUGAUGAGCCAAUGGAGACUGAAUAGGUAGUAGAAGAGAAUAGAAGAGAAUAUAAAUAAAAGUGUGUAGUGACAGUUGCUGUCACUACACACUUUUAUUUUUAUAUAUAUUGACCUUUUUAUGAUUACCAAUUUGUGCCUCCUGUUCUGUU